UCUGACAUGCAGACCUGGGAGGAGCAAAGCCAAGGAGCCAUCUACACGGUGGAGUACGCCUGCAGCGCCAUAAAGAACAUGACUGACAGCAGCGUGUACUUCAAGAGCAUCGACAGCCUGCUGAAGCACGCCAUCGCCCUGAAGGAGCAGCUGAACGCUGCUCAGAGCCGCAGCGCUGUUGCCCCACAAGCAAAGAAUCCUCCAGCCAGUUCCUGA